GCAACCAAAAGCUACUGUCGACAACGUUUUGAAUGCCGACAGGCUGUUUAGAGAUGUUUUAUUUCUGCAAAUGUUAACUCCUGGGAAUUGGUAAAUAUGGUCCACGACGAUUUGCGGGUUGAGUGGAUCCGACAGCGAGUAUCCGCCGGUUUCAAUUUACCGGACUGUCCCAACUGUUUCGACGAACUUCUCAGUCGGGAAGAUGGAGAAGAAGAGGAGAAAAUUAUCCAUUACUUGAACGUUGUCUCCGAGGAAGACUCGCCUUCGUCUCUUCUGUUUUUCAAAACUAUCAGAGAGGAAGAAACAGAAGUUGAAAUUCCAGUCGAAAGGAGGAAAGACGGUGAAUCUCCAGAUCCUGACAACCCGGACCAGUCCUGGACCCAAAGUGGAGCAGAGACAAUCACAGAGGAGACAAAUGAACAAAAUCCCAGCCAUAGGAUUGAGGUUGAAGUGGUUUAUCACCUCGAGCUUCAUGUAGCUGUAAACGAAUACCCAGAGAAAUUUCUGAAAUCCCGUGUCUUCUACUUUAUCAGGAGCACAAAGGAGACCAUUGUUGAACCACUGGACAUGAAUGAGGCCAAUGUCCUGAUGCCCAAGCUAUUUGACAUUGGCAUGCAUAACGGACACCCUCUUCGUGUGCUGCGGGACAAACUUGACCACGUGUAUAUACCCCUGCUCACAGCCCACCAAAUGAAGGUGACUGGUGCUGGUUAUCAAAGCGGGGCAGAGGAGACCAGCGGAGAGGGUGAAGAGGCGAGUCCAGUGAAGGCCAGUGGACAAUUCACGGUUCGUGAUGAGUUGCUCAACAGGACAUACAAGUUUUUGGGAAUGAUCAACACGACUCUCCAACAACUCCAGAUUCAAGAUGAGAUUACGCUGCACAUCCCUGAGCUCGAUCUGGAGCCGGCGGUGGAUGUACUGCUUUCUAAUCCAGAGAUGGUAGAGAAGUUGGAGCAGUGUGUGAUGAACUGGCAGACUCAGAUUACCAUUGUUAUUGAGGAGCAGCAAAGCAAAAAGCCGCAGGCACCCGGCCCUAUGGCCGAGAUUGUUUUUUGGCAGGAGCGUUCAUCCAUCCUGAGUGCUCUGAGGGAGCAACUUAAACAGCCUGUGGUGAAGAAGAUCUUGGAGGUGAUGACCAGAGCAGAUGCAGGCAUUGUUCAGACCCUGGAAGGAACGGUUGCUGAACUUACCAAAUACCGCGUGGAGUCAGACGACAAUUUACGCUUCCUCAGCACGCUGGAAAGACACUUCAUGAAUCUGGCCACUGGAGCAAAUUUUGAUGUGAUCCUGGAGACCAUCCCUCCUCUGAUGGACAGCCUGCAAAUUGUAUGGAUAAUAUCUUGCCACUAUAACACCAACGACCGUAUGGUCCCUCUAAUGGAGCGUAUUGCCUGGCAGCUGUGUGAACGUGUGGAUCAAGCAAUCGAUGUCCACACACUAUUCAAAAAUAACAGGGAAGUGGCCAAAUCCAAGGUGCGUGAUGCUAAGCAGGUCCUGGACCAGUGGAAGUCAUCCUACUUUGAGAUGCGGGCUGAAAUUGAAGAAUCAGGCAGAGAUCAACGCUGGGAAUUUGACCGCAAGAGACUGUUUGAGAGGACUGAUUACAUGGCUUCCGUCUGCCAGGACGUGUACAAUGUUUUGCAGGUUUUGGAGGAGUUCUAUAACAUCUUUGGUCGAGAACUAAAAAGUGUGACCGGUGACCCAAAACACAUUGAUGAAGUGCUGUGCAGAGUGGAUAGUCUGGUUCUGCCUAUUGAGGGCAUCAAUUUUAAUCCUUUCAACAUCUGUAAGAUGAGCAGCUGGAAAAUUAUCAUGCGAGACUUCAGCACUACGGUUCAGGCUAUCGAGGGAGAGGCCAUCAACUUCAUUGAUCAGUCUUUUAAGACACUGCGCUCUUCAGCUGCUGCCUUUCUUAUGCUCCUGAGAUUCAAACACAUCCGCUCCAGAGAGGCCAUCAACAACCAUUUGAUGAAAAAGUUUAAUGACAUUCUGGCUCAGUUUUGCAAAGAGGUGGACAGCAUACAUCAAAUCUUUGCGGCAAAGAAGGACAAACCACCCCGAAAUAAGAAUGAGCCUCCUGUGGCAGGAGCCAUCAUAUGGGCCCGAUCUCUUUUCCACCGCAUCAAAAACACCAUCCUUCCCUUCCUGAAAGUGCCAGAUAUGCUGGAGGGUGAACAGAGCCAAGUGGCCAAGGACAAGUACACGAAAAUGGCCGUUCAGAUCAGGGACUAUGAGGCGAAGAAGUACGAGGACUGGGUAGCUGAGACAGAACGCAACUUGCCACUGCUAAUGAAAAAACCCCUGUUGGUCGUGAUUACCCGUGAAAACCAAAUCGAGGCAGAACAGGAUGUCUCAUCAGCUGAAAACAGACUACAGAGGGGCGUGCAGUACAUUGUGAACUUUGCACCAGAGAUCAUGGAAAUAAUUUCCGAGACAAACCACCUUGUGUCACUGGGCUAUUCUGUGCCUUAUCUGGCUCAAAAUGUUGCUCUACAGAAGCACAAAUUCCUCAAGUAUGCUGCUGAUCUGCACAAGCUUGUCAAAUGCUACCACUCUGUAAUGGACAGAUUGAGUGAGGCAAAGUCCAUUAUGCUGUCUCAUCAGAUCAAAGAGGUCAGAAAAGACAUGCAUUUUGGAUGCAAAAGACUCAACUGGAAUUGUUUGGGUAUCACCGACUUCAUCUCCAGAGGAAUUCAGACUGUCUCUAAGUUUGAGUCAGUUGUCAAUCAGAUUCAGAAGAAUGAGAGAGAUAUUGAUUCCAGGUUGCAAUCCAUGGUGAUGGCCAACUUAUUGAAGUUUCCAGUACCAGACAAAUCAAACGAUUUACCAGGUGUCAAGGAGUUCUGUGAACGUAUUGAACGAGAGCGGGUCAAGUCUGUGAAUGUGCUGAGUAAGAAGUAUGCUGACAUUGGACCCCUCAUCACUAAGAUAGAACAUCUGAUCAUAGAAACCAGCACUGGCAAGGCCAAAUGUAUGGCAGAUUAUUACAUGUACUGGGAAAGCAAGGUGCUGGACUCCCUUAUAAAGAUGGUGCUGAGGAACAUUCAGGCCUUCAACAUGGCGCUAAUGGGAAGUACCCCUCUUUUCCAAAUUGAUGCCAUCCUGUCUGCCCCUAAGAUUGUGUUGCAGCCCCAAAGCAAUGAGUUCUACUGGUUGAUCAUGCAGUGUAUCAGAGACUGUGUAGAGAGCACCAAGCAUUUUGUGCGUUGGAUGCGUGGGACCUGCAUUGAGUGCCCACCACAACGGGUGGGGGGUGAAGAGGAGCUGGUAAUAUUUAGCUUCUGCAGUGACAUAUGGCAGCAUCCUCAGAUAAAUGAGAGUGCCAUGACAGUGUCCCAGAACAUUCAGCGACUGCUCCUGUCUAUGGACCGCUACCUCAACCACUGGAAGCGCUAUCGGCCCCUUUGGGAAAGGAACAAAACCAUCGUCAAUGAAAAGUUUGCUGCGAGAAAUCCUUCCUGUGUCAUGUAUGAUGAUAAGCUGCAGUUCCUUUCUCGCAUCAAUCAGGAGGUGAUGCUUGAGCCACGGUUUAAGAAUGAACACGCCAUCCGUCUAAACCUGGAGCCUCUGGCUCAAACAGUGCGUGAGACCGCUGAGUCCUGGAUCAGUUCACUAGGUAGCCUGCUCAACAAGCCUGCCAAAGAGGAUCUCUUCAACUUGAGAGAUGAACUCAUGCAACUUUCUAAGAUGCUGAAACAGAGCCCUGACAGUUUUGAAGAACUGAAGUCUGUCCUUACCACCAUCUCAGACAUCAGGGACAUGUCUCUAGAUGUGGACUUGAGAUUCUCUGAUAUCCAGGAAAGAUACAGAACACUGGCCAUGUACAACGUAGAGGUUGGAGAGGAUGAAGUGGAGUUAGUGGCCAAGAUUGGCCAGAUGUGGAGUGACCUGUUUACAGAAUCCAGACAAAUUGAUCGAAGUCUGGCAGAUGUCAAGAAAUCAUUUACCUCAAUUACGAAGGAGAGGAUUAAGGAGUUUAAGCAGGAGUUGUCUAUCUUUGCUGAAAGCUUCAACAUGCAUGGUCCUGGAGCUGUGGGAGAUGAUUUGGAGAAAGGACUGAGCAUUAUAGGAACAUAUGAGGCAGACCUUGCCAAGGUAGUGGCAGGACGGCAGAAGCUAGCUAAUGCUGAGAAGCUAUUGAACCUACCUGUCACUGUGUACCCGGAGGUUAUCAGCAUUCAAAGGGACAUGAAGGCCUUGAGACAGAUAUAUGAUGUCUAUCAAGCUCAGAAGAAUGCAAAGACAGAGUGGUCUCAGACCUUGUGGGUGGAUUUAAACAUCCAGCUGCUACAGGAGGGUGUUGAGGGUUUCAUCAAAAGAUUGAGGCAGCUGCCCAAAGAUGUGCGGGCCUUACCUGUGGCCUUCUUCCUAGACGGACGCAUGAAGGAGUUCAGAGAGUCUCUGCCUCUUCUGCUGGACCUGAAGAACGAGGCCCUCAGAGACAGACACUGGAAGGAACUGAUGGAAAGGACUGGCACUAGCUUUGAGAUGAACCCUGACACCUUCACUCUGGAGAACAUGUUUGCUAUGGAGUUGCACAAAUAUGCAAAUGUCAUCGGUGACAUUGUCACUUCUGCUGUAAAAGAACUCAGUAUCGAGAAGGGAGUAAAGGAGGUGGUGGACACCUGGGAAAACAUGAGGUUCAGUGUGAUUCCCUAUUUUAAAGGCACCCAGGAACGCGGUUCUAUUCUGGGUGCCGUGGACGAGAUUCUGCUGAAUGUGGACAACGAUGCCAUGAACCUACAGAGCAUGGCGGGCAGCCGUUUUGUUGGACCUUUCCUGAGUAUCAUACAACAAUGGGAAAAAGACCUGUCCCUUAUCAGUGAGACCAUAGAGGUAUGGUUGCUGGUACAACGAAAAUGGAUGUAUCUGGAGAGCAUAUUCAUUGGUGGAGACAUUAGCUCACAGUUACCCGAAGAAGCCAAGAAAUUUGAUAACAUUGACAAAAAGUUUAAAGAGAUUAUGAAUGAUACAGUGAAGGGUCCAAACAUUAAGCGGUGUUGCCUGGUUCCCAACCGGCUAACAGACCUGCAGGCCCUUAGUGAUGGUCUAGAAAGGUGCCAAAAGAGUCUUAAUGACUACCUCGACUCCAAGCGGAACGUGUUUCCUCGCUUCUUCUUCAUCUCGGAUGAUGAACUGCUCAGCAUUCUGGGGAGUAGUGACCCUGCCUGUGUCCAGGAGCAUAUAAUCAAGAUGUAUGACAACAUAGCAUCUCUGAGGUUUGACGUGGAAAGCAAUGGGGAGACAGUAGCUGGAGCCAUGGUGUCUGCUGAGGGUGAGGUGAUGGAGCUGAAGAAGCCCAUCCCAGCGGAGGGCAGGGUGGAGGAGUGGAUGACGGCAGUACUGCUGGAGAUGAGGAAGACUAAUAGACUCAUCACCAAGGAAGCAAUCUUCCGAUAUUGUGAAGACAGGAACAGGGUGGACUGGAUGUUGCUGUACCAGGGUAUGGUGGUGCUGGCUGCAAAUCAAGUGUGGUGGACUUGGGAAGUAGAGGAUGUCUUUAAAAAUGUGAAGAAAGGAGAGAAGUACGCACUGAAGAACUAUGCUAAGAAAAUGCACCAGCAGAUCGAUGAGCUGGUAACACGGAUUACACAACCUAUGAAGAAAAAUGACAGAAAAAAGAUAAACACUGUGCUUAUCAUCGAUGUCCAUGCAAGAGACAUUGUAGACAGCUUAUUGCUAAACAGUAUAAUGGACGCCCGUGAGUUUGAGUGGGAAAGCCAGCUAAGAUUCUACUGGGUCCGGGAACAGGACAACCUUUUUGUGCGUCAGUGCAGUGCUUCGUUCUCAUACGGCUACGAAUACAUGGGGUUGAACGGUCGAUUGGUUAUCACCCCACUGACAGACCGUAUCUACCUCACCAUCACACAGGCCCUCUCCAUGUACCUGGGUGGAGCUCCUGCUGGACCGGCUGGUACAGGAAAGACAGAGUCCACCAAAGAUCUAGCUAAGGCUUUAGGUCUGCUUUGUGUGGUUACUAACUGCGGUGAGGGCAUGGAUUACAUGGCUGUUGGCAAGAUCCUCUCUGGCCUUGCCCAGUGUGGAGCUUGGGGCUGCUUUGAUGAGUUCAACCGUAUUGAUGCCUCAGUGUUGUCAGUCAUCUCCUCCCAAAUCCAGACAAUCCGCAAUGCUCUCAUUCUUCACCUUAAAAGGUUUCAUUUUGAAGGGCAAGAGAUCACCCUGGAUGACCGCAUGGGUAUUUUCAUCACCAUGAACCCAGGUUAUGCAGGACGUACAGAGCUGCCAGAAUCAGUCAAGGCCCUCUUCAGACCUGUGGUGGUCAUUGUGCCCGACCUGCAGCAGAUCUGUGAGAUCAUGCUCCUCUCUGAGGGCUUCCUAUUGGCCAAAGUGCUGGCUAAGAAGAUGACAGUACUGUAUAAGCUGGCUCGUGAGCAGCUGUCCAAGCAGUCUCAUUAUGACUUUGGCCUGCGAGCUCUGAAAUCUGUCCUAGUGAUGGCAGGAGAGCUGAAGAGAGGCUCACCAGACCUCAGCGAGGAUGUGGUGCUGAUGCGUGCUCUCAGGGACAUGAACCUGCCAAAGUUUGUGUUUGAGGAUGUGCCACUGUUCCUCGGGCUGAUCUCAGACCUGUUCCCUGGGCUGGACUGUCCUCGUGUUCGUUAUCCCAACUUCAAUGAUGCUGUGGAACAAAUCCUUCAAGACAACACAUAUGUCAUGCUGCUUAACCAGGUGGAUAAAGUGGUGCAGAUGUAUGAGACAAUGAUGACCAGACACACUACUAUGAUUGUGGGUCCAACAGGUGGAGGAAAAUCGGUUGUGAUCAACACGUUAUGUCAAGCUCAGACCAAAUUGGGAUUGCAAACCAAGAUGUAUCCUCUGAACCCUAAAGCGAUGAGUGUCAUUGAACUUUACGGUGUUCUGGACCCUGACACUCGAGACUGGACCGAUGGGAUCUUGUCCAACAUCUUUCGUGACAUCAACAAGCCUACGGAAAAAAAAGAGCGGAGGUACAUCCUGUUUGAUGGGGAUGUGGAUGCUCUGUGGGUCGAGAACAUGAACUCGGUGAUGGAUGACAACAAGCUCCUCACUCUAGCCAAUGGAGAACGGAUCCGUUUACAGAAUCACUGUGCCAUGCUGUUUGAGGUUGGAGAUCUGCAGUAUGCUUCCCCUGCUACUGUUUCCCGCUGUGGGAUGGUUUUUGUCGACCCCAAAAACCUGCGAUACACCCCAUACUGGCAGAGAUGGUUGACCAACAGACCUGAAAGUGAACAAGAAGUGCUCAACAAACUGUUUGAGAAAUAUGUGCCCAGCUCUAUUGACAUGAUUGUGGAUGGUAUUGUUGAUGGCAAACAGGGCCAGAAACUAAAGACUGUUGUCCCUCAGACAGAUCUUAACAUGGUGACUCAGCUGUCCUUAACACUGGAUGCACUGCUUGAGAACGAGGGCAGCAGUGCUGAAGUCUUGGAGUGUUACUUUCUGGAAGCACUGUACUGCUCACUAGGUGCCACAUUGAUGGAUAGUGGCAGGAUCAAGUUUGAUCAAUUAAUCAAAAAGCUUUCCUGUUUAACAACAGUGCAUGAUGAGAAAGCCCUGGCUGGACCUGGUGAGAUUCCAGGCUACCUCCCAACUCUGUAUGAUUUCCAUUUUGAUGGAACACAGCUGAAGUGGGUUCCCUGGAAUUCCCUGGUCACCAAAUACAUUCACAACCCUGAAAUGAAGUUUGCUGAUAUUCUAGUGCCAACUAUCGACACCACAAGAGCAAGCUGGAUCUUGGAACAGAUGGUGAAGAUAAAGCGGCCAGUGCUUCUGGUUGGAGAGUCUGGCACUUCUAAGACUGCCACCAUUCAUAACUUCUUGAAACACCUCAAUGCAGAUACAAGUAUUACUCUGAUCAUCAACUUCUCAUCCAGAACGACUUCAAUGGACCUGCAGAGGAACCUGGAGGCCAAUGUGGAGAAGAGGACCAAAGAGAUCUAUGGGCCUCCUAUGGGAAAGAGACUGCUGGUCUUUAUGGAUGACAUGAAUAUGCCAAAGGUGGAUAGUUACGGCACACAACAACCUAUUGCACUUCUGAAGCUGUUAUUGGACAGAGGAGGCAUAUAUGACAGAGGGAAAGAGCUUAACUACAAAAUCCUCAAGGACCUUGGCUUUGUCGCUGCCAUGGGAAAGGCAGGAGGUGGGAGGAACGAGGUGGAUCCCCGCUUUGUCUCGCUUUUCAGUGUCUUCAGCAUUCCCUUCCCUGCAGUGGAGACCCUCAAGCUCAUCUAUGCUUCCAUUAUCAAAGGCCACACCAGACCAUUUGAGGACGCCAUUCAGAAGGUUUGUGAUAAAGUCAUCAUCUGCACGCUGGAACUGUACAACAACAUCAUCAAAGAUCUGCCACCCACUCCCUCCAAGUUCCACUACAUCUUCAACUUAAGGGAUCUGUCCAGAGUCUACAAUGGACUGAUCCUCACCAAACCCGACAGGAUUUUGACUGUCACCCAAUUUGUGCGUGUGUGGAGAAAUGAGUGCCUGAGAAUCUUCCAUGACAGGCUCAUUGAUGAAACCGACAAAGCCUUGGUUCAAGGCCACAUAAAGAACCUGAUUGAGGAGCAUUUCAAGUCGGACAUGGAGGCAGUCAUGAGGGACCCAAUUCUUUUUGGAGACUACAGAACAGCCCUCAGUGAGACUGAACCAAGGGUCUACGAGGACAUACAGGACUAUGAUGCUUCCAAAGCCUUGUUUCAGGAAAUUCUAGAGGAAUACAAUGAGAACAAGUCCAGGAUGAAUCUAGUACUAUUUGAUGACGCUCUGGAACAUCUGACCCGGGUGCACCGCAUAAUCCGCAUUGAUCGUGGCCACGCGCUGCUCGUUGGCGUGGGGGGCUCUGGCAAGCAGUCCCUCACCAAGCUUGCUGCCUAUACUGCUGGUUGUGAGGUGUUUGAGAUAACACUAAGCAGAGGAUACAGUGAGUCAAACUUCCGUGAUGACCUGAAAACACUGUACUUGAAGCUUGGCAUUGAAAAUAAGAAGUUAGUGUUCCUCUUUACGGAUGCCCAUGUUGCUGAGGAAGGCUUCUUGGAACUCAUUAACAACAUGCUCACCUCAGGCAUUGUUCCUGCAUUGUUUCCUGAUGAUGAGAGGGAGUCAGUUCUCAACCAGCUUCGGGAAGAGGCUCUUAAGAUGGGAGCAGGUCCUUCUAAAGAUAGUGUGUGGCAGUACUUUGUUAGCAAGAGCGCUAACAAUCUACACAUUGUUCUAGGCAUGUCUCCAGUGGGAGACACCCUGAGGACACGCUGCAGGAACUUCCCAGGACUGAUGAACAACACUGUGAUAGACUGGUUCCUUCCAUGGCCUCCUCAGGCAUUACUUGCAGUGGCCCAGUCUUUCCUUGGUGAAAAUCCAAUGAUUCCUGAGGCACACUCUGCAGCAGUGAUAGAUCAUGUAUGCAUGGUUCAUACCUCCGUGGGUGACUACAGCAAGCUAUUCCAGCAGAAACUCCGGCGGUGUAACUUUGUUACUCCAAAGAACUACUUGGACUUUAUUAAUACCUAUUCUAACCUCUUGGAGGAAAAGGACCAAUAUAUACUGGCUCAGUGCAAGCGCCUAGAGGGAGGUUUGGAUAAACUGAAGGAGGCCAGUGAGCAGCUGGCUGAGCUGAAUAUCAAGCUAGCAGAGCAGAAGGUGGUCCUUGCUGAAAAGUCCACAGCUUGUGAGGCCCUGCUGGAUGAGAUCACCACAAACACAACUGUAGCUGAGGAGAAAAAGACUCUGGCAGAAGACAAAGCCAAAGAGAUUGAAGUGCAAAACAAAGUGAUAGCUGUUGAGAAGAAAGAAGCUGAAAGUUCCCUGGCUGAAGCUCUGCCGGCAUUAGAGGCAGCCCGCAAAGCCCUGCAAGACCUGGAAAAAUCUGAUGUCACAGAGAUCCGAUCCUUUGCCAAGCCACCAAAACAGGUGCAGGUAGUUUGUGAGUGCAUCCUGGUGAUGCGUGGCUAUAAGGAGAUCAGUUGGCAGUCAGCCAAGGGGAUGAUGUCAGAGGCUAACUUCCUGCGCUCGCUGAUGGAGAUGGACUGUGAUUCCAUAAAUAACACCCAGGUCAGGACUGUCAAAGGCUUCCUGAAAAACCUCCAGACAAGCUUUGAGGAGAUGCAAGCCAUCAGUAAGGCUGGGUCAGGAAUGCUCAAGUUUGUCGAGGCUAUAAUGGGUUACUGUGAAGUUGCCCGAGAGAUAAAACCGAAGAGAGAGAAGGUGGCACGCCUAGAGAAAAACUUUUUUCAGAGUAAACGGGAGCUGGAGCGCAUUCAGAGUGAGCUUAGCAAUAUCCAGAAAGAAUUACAUGCUCUUGGAGAGAAGUACCAUGCUGCUAUUUCAGAGAAACAGUUGCUACAAGAGGAGGCUGAGCUCAUGGAGAGAAGGCUUAUAGCUGCUGACAAACUCAUCUCUGGCCUGAGCUCUGAGAAUGAACGGUGGACACAAGAUCUGGAGGAGUUGAAGCAGCGGCGUGUGCGUCUCCUGGGAGACUGUCUGAUCUCUGCUGCUUUCCUGAGCUAUGAAGGGGCCUUCAGUUGGAACUUCAGGAAUGAAAUGGUAUACCAAGUAUGGGUUAAGGAUGUGCAGGAGAGAGCCCUUCCCUUGAGCCAGCCUUUCAAAAUUGAAAGUCUUCUGACUGAUGAGGUAGAAAUCAGCAGAUGGGGCUCAGAGGGCUUGCCUCCUGAUGAGCUGUCAGUGCAGAAUGGAAUCCUCACAACCAGAGGGAGCCGAUUUCCCAUGUGUAUCGAUCCUCAACAGCAAGCCCUCAACUGGAUUAAGAAGAAGGAAGAAAACAAUAAUCUGAAGAUCUCAUCUUUCAAUGAUCCAGAUUUCCUGAAGCAGCUAGAAAUGGCCAUCAAAUAUGGCUUCCCAUUCCUUUUUCAAGAUGUGGAUGAGUACAUUGACCCUGUGAUUGACACUGUCCUGGAAAAGAAUGUAAAAGGAGCAGAGGGCAGACAGGUCCUCACGCUGGGCGACAAGGAAGUUGACUAUGAUCCCAACUUUAAACUGUACCUCAACACCAAAUUGUCUAACCCCAAAUAUUCCCCAUCAGUGUUUGGAAAGGCCAUGGUCAUUAACUAUACUGUGACCCUUAAGGGUCUGGAGGACCAGCUGCUGAGUGUUAUCAUGGGCUUUGAGAAGAAGGAGCUGGAGGAGCAGCGUGAGCGUUUGAUCCAAGAGACAAGCAACAACAAGAAGCUGCUGAAGAACCUCGGGGACUCCCUGCUCAGAGAGCUGGCCACAUCUUCAGGCAACAUGUUGGAUAACACAGAGUUGGUUGACACAUUGGAGGAAACAAAGUCAAAAGCCGGCGAGGUAUUUGAGAAAUUAAAGUUGGCUGAGAAGACCUCCGUGGACAUUGAUAAACUCAGAGACGGCUACCGACCUGCUGCCAAACGCGGUGCUAUCCUGUUCUUUGUACUGACAGAAAUGGCUUUGGUGAACAGCAUGUACCAGUACUCUCUAGCCUCCUACCUAGAAGUGUUUGACUUUUCACUGCGCAAAUCUCUGCCUGACUCUGUCCUGCCCCAAAGACUGAAGAACAUCAUGAACACUCUUACAUACAGUGUUUAUAACUAUGGCUGCACAGGUCUGUUUGAGAGACACAAGCUGCUCUUUUCCUUUAACUUGGCCAUCAAGAUUGAGCAGGCAGAAGGGAGGGCACCUCAGGAGGAGUUGGAGUUCUUUAUCAAGGGUAAUUUAUCCCUGGAAAAGAGCAAGCGGAAAAAACCUUGUGACUGGCUUCCAGACCAGGGGUGGGAGGACAUAGUGAAACUUGCAGAGCUGUUUCCUGAGCAGUUUGGCUCUCUGCCUGAUGACGUGGAGAAAACUUUAACUGAUUGGAAGUCUUGGUAUGACUUAGAUGGACCAGAACAGGCUUCAUUCCCCAUGAAAUAUGAGGAAAACCUGUCAGCCUUUCAGAAGCUGCUGUUGCUGCGCUGCUUCCGUGUGGAUAGAGUCUACAGAGCUGUGACUGACUACAUCACUGUCACCAUGGGCGAGAAAUAUGUGCAGCCCCCUGUGAUCAACUUUGAUGCCAUUUAUGAGCAGAGCACACCUUUCUCCCCCAUUGUAUUCAUCCUGAGCCCCGGCUCUGAUCCAAGCAGUGACCUCAUGAAACUAGCAGAGAGGUCAGGCUUUGGAGGCAACAAAUUCAAGUUCCUUGCCAUGGGCCAAGGCCAAGAGAAGGUACUAAAGACUUUCUUUUCUUCAUAUCACAGUUAUGGUCAGUGGUUGAUGCUACAGAACUGCCACCUGCUGGUUAAAUGGCUAAAGGAUUUGGAGAAGUCCUUAGAGAAGAUCACCAAGCCCAGCAACAACUUCCGCUUGUGGCUCACCACCAACCCCAUUCAGGAUUUCCCUAUUGGCAUACUGCAAAAGUCUCUGAAGGUUGUGACAGAACCUCCCAAUGGUCUCAAGUUGAACAUGAGAGCCACGUACUCUAAAAUCUCCCAUGAGACCUUGACUGCAUGCCCACACCCUGCCUUCCGCAGCCUGGUGUAUGUGUUGACCUUCUUCCAUGCUGUGGUGCAAGAGAGACGCAAAUACGGCAAGAUUGGUUGGAAUGUCCCUUAUGACUUCAACGAGUCUGACUUCUUCGUGUGUAUGGAGAUCCUGGACACCUACCUGACCAAAGCUCGCAACCAAGGAGACAGCAAUAUUCCCUGGGGAAGUCUUAAAUACCUUAUUGGGGAGGUGAUGUACGGUGGGCGAGCCAUAGAUAGCUUCGACCGCAGAAUCCUGUCUGUCUACAUGGAUGAGUACCUUGGAGACUUCCUCUUCUACACGUUUCGGCAAUUCCACUUCUUCAACAACAAGGAUGUAGAUUACAAGGUCCCUCCAAAUGGGCCUAAAAGUAUAUAUGUCGAUGAGAUUGAGAGCCUGCCACUAGCAAACACAGCAGAGGUAAUGGGUCUUCAUUCCAACGCAGAGAUAGGAUACUACACACAGGCAGCUAAAGACAUGUGGACUCACCUGAUAGACCUGCAGCCUCAGACAGGUGAAUCUGGUGGGAGCAUCAGUAGGGAUGAGUACAUCAGCCAGGUGGCCCAGGACAUUCAGAACAAGCUGCCCACGUUGUUCGACAUGGACGUGAUCCCUAAAAAGUUUGGCACGGACAUCUCCCCGACCUCAGUUGUGCUGCUUCAAGAACUAGAGCGCUUCAACAAACUAGUGGUCCGCAUGCAGCGCUCUUUGGCCGAGCUGCAGAGGGCCUUGGCUGGUGAGGUGGGUAUGAGCAGUGAGUUGGACGAGGUCGCUCGGGCCCUUUUUAAUGGUCAUAUCCCUGCCAUUUGGAAAAAGUUGGCACCUGACACUCUUAAGUCCCUCGGCAAUUGGAUGAGCCAUUUCAAGAGGCGCUAUGAACAGUACAGCCACUGGGUGGAUGAGGGAGAGCCAAAGGUUAUGUGGCUAUCAGGACUCCAUAUCCCAGAGUCCUACCUGACUGCUCUCGUCCAAGCUGCAUGCAGGAAAAAUGGUUGGCCUCUGGAUCUUUCCACACUGUACACACAGGUGACCCAGUACAGCAGUGAGGAUGAAGUCAGUGACAGAGCUGGACAGGGCUGCUUCGUGUCAGGCUUGUAUCUGGAAGGAGCAGACUGGGACAUGGAGAAGGGUUGCCUAGUGAGGAGUCAACCAAAGGUUCUGGUUGUUGAACUACCCAUUCUCAAAGUCAUCCCCAUAGAGGCACGCCGCCUCAGGUUACAGAAUACACUGCGGACACCGGUGUACACCACGUCCCUGCGAAGGAAUGCAAUGGGUGUGGGGUUGGUGUUUGAGGCAGACCUGUUCACCACCAUGCACAUCUCCCACUGGGUGCUCCAGGGAGUCUGUCUGUGCCUCAAUGCUGACUGAAGAUAGCCCUCAGCCUCAUUGAGCUGGUUAGCUUUCACACAGUCUGUUUUGACACGUUAAUUCAUAACAAAAAUGCCUGAAAGAAGAUUGUAAAAAAAAAAAAAGAUUGUACAUGUUUUAAAAAGACAAA